GCGAGGCGCCCAGCCGCGAAAGCGAGGAGCGCGCACCAAGGCGGGGCGCGCGCGGGGCAGCCGCGUGGCUAGGCAGACCGGGCCGGGAGCGGCGCGCGCGCCCCCGCCAGCCUCUGGCGCGCCCCCGGCGGCCUGGGCCGCAGCGUGCUCGCCCCCGCCGCCAGCUCGCCUCACUUAUGGGUCGGAAACGCUGCGUGGGGGAGACUGUUCCAAGAUGGCGGCGGGUUGCUGCGGGGUGAAGAAGCAGAAACUGUCCAGUUCGCCCCCCUCUGGCUCGGGUGGCGGUGGUGGCGCCUCCUCCUCCUCCCACUGCAGCGGAGAGAGCCAGUGCCGAGCUGGGGAGCUGGGACUAGGAGGCGCCGGUACGCGGCUCAACGGGCUGGGAGGUCUAACUGGAGGAGGUAGCGGCAGCGGCUGUACCCUCUCUCCCCCCCAGGGCUGCGGCGGCGGCGGCGGGGGGAUCGCCCUGUCGCCACCUCCGAGCUGCGGAGUGGGGACCCUACUUUCUACCCCGGCCGCCGCCACCUCUUCCUCACCCUCCUCAUCGUCCGCCGCCUCGUCCUCAUCGCCGGGCUCCCGGAAGAUGGUGGUGUCAGCAGAGAUGUGCUGCUUUUGCUUCGAUGUGCUCUACUGUCACCUGUAUGGAUACCAGCAGCCCCGGACCCCCCGAUUCACCAACGAGCCCUACCCACUGUUUGUAACAUGGAAGAUUGGUCGAGACAAAAGAUUACGUGGAUGCAUAGGUACUUUUUCUGCCAUGAAUUUGCAUUCAGGACUCAGGGAGUACACACUUACCAGUGCCCUUAAAGAUAGCCGUUUUCCCCCAAUGACAAGGGAUGAGCUGCCACGGCUUUUCUGCUCAGUGUCUCUGCUCACUAACUUUGAAGAUGUCUGUGAUUAUUUGGACUGGGAGGUGGGUGUACAUGGCAUUAGAAUAGAAUUCAUCAAUGAAAAAGGAUCAAAACGCACCGCCACCUACCUACCGGAGGUUGCAAAGGAGCAAGGAUGGGACCAUAUACAGACCAUAGACUCCUUAUUGAGGAAAGGAGGAUACAAAGCUCCGAUUACUAAUGAAUUCAGGAAAACCAUAAAACUGACCAGGUAUCGUAGUGAAAAGAUGACCCUGAGCUAUGCUGAAUACCUUGCUCAUCGCCAGCAUCAUCAUUUCCAAAAUGGCAUUGGGCAUCCCCUUCCGCCAUACAACCAUUAUUCCUGACACUGAGCCGCACAACCAGUCACUGGGCCUCUCUGCAGACCUCUUCCCAGGAGACCCUACACCUUCUUGGUCUAGCUAUCUCUUUUACUGUACCAUUUUAUGAUGAUAGUUUCCGUUGCCAUGGUGAAGCUUCGACAUCGUCAACUAAGAUCAUCAUGGUAACGGGUAGAAAAAUGGCAUUUGUUAAGAUCCUGUUUUAUUAUUUUAGAUCAUUGAUUUUUUUUUUUGCAGCACAUAUAAUUUUGGGGUUCUUUUUCCUUAUAAUAUUAUGUAGAAUUUUGCUUUGCUGUCUCAGUCAGGUUUCUGUUUUUCUGUCCUCCUUGCCUUUCUUCCUGUUUUGCUUCCUGUUUUCCUUCUUCCUUCCCCGCCUCCCUUCCUUUGACUGUGGAUGGAAGAAAGUGUGCAGUUUUUAGGGAUUUUACUUAGGUUUCUCUUUAGUUUUCCUCAGUAAGAUAGUUGUUUUUUGAUACCUGAGUUUGGGAUUAAUUCAUAUCAAAUUCAGGUAUUUGUAUAUUACUCUUGAUUUUUGUCUGAAAUUCACUUUGCUAUGACAGCCUAAUAGUUGGGUCUUUACUCCUUAAGUAUAUGUUUUUCCCAUGGUGAAAAUAUAUGAACUUUAGUUCUAGUAGUGAGCAUUCAAAGGUCCGUGAUAGGGCUUGUCACAGAGAGAGAGAAAUCAUUUAUCCCUAUUGUGCUGGUUAUCAUAGAAGAGACUGCCUCACCACUUUAUAGAACCAAUUUGCAAACUAAAACACUGUUUUGAGAAGGUACAAACUACCUUUCAAAAAGGCUACAGGAAACAUUUUUAUGAGCAGCAAAUAUUAGGAAGAGAGCAGAUACAGAAUUUAGUGCCUUUGAGAAGAAUAUAAUUAAGUGGAAUUAAGAGGGGUUAGAAAAAAGGCAAUUUAGAAAAAUAUUCUUGUAAAAUUUUAUUGUUUCUAUAUGUGAAACAGAAGAUUAGACAAAUUCCUUACUCUUAAGUAUUUUUUUAAGCUGAAAAAAAUUAUUUUGAGCAAAUAACCAAAAAGAGACAUUUGUCUAUUUUAUAUUAAUUUAAAAUUUGUUAGCUCUAGGUUUCAAUAAGUCAUGAUUGGCUAGAGUCCAUUUUAGCUACCAUCUAAAGAUAUGGUAAAGAUAAUUUAGUGAAACAAAAGUUCAUAUUUGCCAUGAUUUCAGAUAUGUUUGUCAUGGGGACAAUACUAGAGUUUUAGAGAUACUAUAAAAUAGCUUGAAUCUCUUUCUGCACUACAUACUUUUGAUAGAAACACAUUUACUACAUUGAUAAGAUGUUAUGUCACACCUGUGAAAAUGGAGUUGGCAUUCAGAUAUGCUAUAGUUAGAGCCCAGCUCAUCUGCAAAGAUAGUCUUCCCAUGAUGCAUACAAAGAUAACGUACUGAUGUCGAGAGGAGGUCCAUACAUAUAUCCCCAGGAAAAAUGAGAUUAUUCUGGAGGAAGAUGACCUUCAUUUUAUGGUUAUGUGUGUGUGUGUCUGUGUGUCUUUGGAAAAAUAUAUAUAAUUUUUUCAAAUAGGAAGCCAACAUAUCAAGUGAUGAAUUAAAGUAUGCUGCAGAAUAUAUAUUCUAAAACUACAAAAAAGUCACUGAAUAUCAAAAUGAUACAGCUUAUACAUAUAGUUACUGUGACAGGUGACAGACUGCUAGUUCAGAAUUCAAAAAUCCUUUCCUAGUUUGUGAGAUAAUGGGCUAAAUUCCUUCAGCUUGCCACUGGUGCAAAGAAAACUGCUUUAGUUUUUGAUGAGAGUUCUUAGAAGUUUGUUGGUAUUCCUUCAUCCACAGCAUCCAUUGUUGAAAUAACCAUUUUCAGUUGUGAUGCCUUAACUAAGAAGCCAAUUGUUAGCCUGAAAUGCAAUCUUGGUAGCCAGUUUCAAUGAAGCUAGAGAUUAGUCAGAAAAAGUUAGCUGUUGGGCUUUAGAAAGGGAUUUUGAGUCCUGUCAUUUCUACUUGGGAGCAUUUUGGAGCAGAUUAGUCUUUCAGUAUAAAAACAAGUGGCUACCUGAUGGAAACUUUUCUUACCCUUAUAGGGAAACUGAGCACAAGCUGAAUGAUAUUGUCUGCUGCAAAAAAAAACAAAAAAACGAAACAACCAAAAAAAACAACAAAAAAAAGGAAAAAAAGGUAAAUAAAACAAGCAAACUGAAGAGAGACAAAAUAGACCAAUAUUAUCGUGAAAUCCAUCUUAUCCAUCAUCUCAUCAGUUCAACAGGCUCCUCGUCCUGGGUGAGCUUAUGGUUAGAAGUUUUUUUAGCAAAGAUUUAUUACAUACAUAGAUGUGUGUGUGUACAUAUACUUACACAUACAUACAUACAUAUAUGUGUGUUUAUGUAUUUAACGGUGCUAAUCAAUCUUGAGCAGGUCACGUGACUGGUCAUGCGGACUCUAAAAUCAUAUCAGAUUUUUUAAAAUCCUUGAUAUAUGCAGAUGUUAUACAGAUUUUCUUAGCAGUGUAAUAAUGUUAAACUGAAGAAAUAACCAUCCUGCAGGCUUCAAAGGACGAGGUCAGCAAUAUUUCCCAACAUGGCUUGGGGGAAAAGGAUAGUUUUGUCUCCUUUUGUAUUCAAGUAAUGCAAAGUGCAUUUUUGUCUCUAAGUAGCUUUUGACUAAAAGACUUUGUAGUGUAAAGGGUGUUAUACAAACUGUAAUGGUGUGCUUCAAACAAAUGCUAGACCCUUUCACCUUUGUCAUAUAUACAAAGCUGUUAAUUACGUGGUAUGAAUUAACUUUGAACAUGUUGAAAUAUGUAGCAUGUCUUUAACUCAGAUGAAGAUUCUAAUUGCACAGGUUGUGUUCUAGCCAGUUGUGAUUUAUUUGUUCAGAAACACAAAUGUGAAUUGCACUCUCAUCAUCAGAAUAUUGUAUGAGUUCAGUGAUCUUUAAACAGCUCAGAAGUAAUACUUGAACUUCAUUUGAGUAGCACAAAGUUUACAUAGCCCCUUUUAAAUGUUAAUUCGUUCCAUUUAAGUUUUCCGUUUUCAGAUGCAACUGGGUAUUUUUCCUCUUGGAAAUAGUACGUACUUUGCUUUGGUAUGUAGCAAAAGGCUUCCAUUUCUGGAAGGGUUUUCUUGUUCUUAAACAAGGUCAGCCAGGUACCAGAUUCUAAAAGAACAAAUUGUCCCCCACCCCUCAAGUGGCCUUCUGACUGCACGAGAAUGUGCUACUACCCUCUGUAGUCUCCCCUAACACGAGAGGUCAGUGAAAUUGAUGGAGGAAGUGCAAGGCUUGCUUCCCCUCACCCUUAAAGCUUAAAGCAGUUGUAAGAUUUUCAGUCCAGCACAUACAGUCCCAGUGCCCAGCACACCGGAAGUUUGUAUACUGGCCUCUUAUCUUGUCUUCAAAUGUGCAGGAAAUUUGAAACUGUCAUCUGGAAUAGGUUCCAUCUCUUAUGUGUGUUAGAUCAAACCAAAGAAGCCCCCAGCCAUGCCCAAAUGCUGCUUCAAAAGCCUGCCUUCCAGUCCUUACAAAAACCUUGCAGGAUUAAAUGUGUUAACUUUUUUAUUUUUGUACAGUUUCUAAGUGAUUUUUGCUAGUGAUGUUAAAAUGAAUUAAGUUUAUUUGAGGGGUGUGAGCACCUCCUCCAUUUAAAUAAACUGGUGACUUUCCUUUUAUUUUUUAAAAGUGGAAACCCGUUGUGUGCCUCUCGAUUUAAGGGUUUCUGAUGACAUUAUUCUUAAGACCAGCAUUGAUCCUUUAUAUACAAAGAUAUGUUUUCCUUGUUUUUUAUUGCUAUUUCAGAAGAAAAUGAACCUUUUAUUUUGCUCUACCCAGUAACUGCGCUGGUACAUAGACGCACUGAGCAAACAAACUUUUGUAACCACCUCUGACUACUUUUGUAUAUCAAAGUUGAUUACUUUUGAAAUAUUUGGAUCUAGUUUCUAAGUUAUUUUAGUGUUUUAUAUGUUCCCCAAAAUUACUUUGAAUCUGUCACCAGCAUAAUGAGUUCUUGGUGAUACAAUGGUGAGACUUGUAAUGAGCAAAAAGCUACCUGGAGUAGCUCCUCUUUUCCUUCUUUCUUAGUAACCUGUUUUUUGAUUACCGUAAGACAUCACAGAUUACCUGAAACCCCUUCCAGUAUAACUAGGCCCUCCUUCCUUCCACAUUUAAUUGCUUAAUAGUUUGAAGAAACUAUUGGAAAUGGGCAUUUUAUAUGACAUGUAUGGCUUUAAAAUAUUAAAUAUGAGCAAAAAGAAAAAAUAUGAGAAGGUUUAUGUGGGUCUGUAAGGUAUGGCUUUGGAAAGAUAUUGUAGUAGUUUUGACACUAUUGUUAUUACCUUUAAAAUCAUUUACCCAAUAAAAUGUUAAAACCGA